AUGUGGUUCUCGCGGGCCGCAAAGCGGCGUCCCGGUGUUUGCCUCGUCGGCUUGUCCCCGAACUUCAAGAAGCCGGCAACGUCUGAACUUCAAGUCUGCACAACGCGUCGCGUCGGGGACCUGCUGCGGGCGGAGCGCAGCUUCGACUUGGCUGCUAGACCUGCAGAGUGCACAUGGACCAGCCGUGGCUUCGCGCUCAAGCGUUAUUCGAGCGCUGACGUACUGACACGCCCCGUGCCACACCGGCUUAUAUUUCGCGCUAUCGCCGACGGAGUCUUCAUGGCGGACGUGCUCCCGGCAUUCGAUCGAGAGCGCCGACUGUCUUCACACACCCCUUGGGCCACAACGGCAGAUCUCCCUGGCGGAUAUCCUCCCGGCACUACCUCAACUGUACAUACUCUUCGUGCCGCCGGGUCUAGCAACUGCAGACGAGGCCAUCGUCGAGGAGUUUCAGCGCCGGCAACACAUCGGGGACCGCCACAAGCAUCGUCGUUACUGCUAGCUUCAACAUCGGCAUCAAACAAAAUGGCAGGUGAGCCUGCUAACGAGGCUGGCGAGGGUCACUGUCUUCCCCCACGACGGAAGUGCGCGUAAUAGCUUCAGGAUUAGCGAACACUAGGCAGGU